GGAAGAUCGCUACUUUUACCGGGUGCUAGUCAAUCUCGACUCUCCGGGCGCUACUGAGCGCAUCGCGUUUGGGGACGGUUCCCCCGGGGCCGUGCAAUGCGUGAGGCCUGGAUUUGCAUCGCAGGAUGGAGAGUCGAGCUUCAUACUUGUCGGUAACCAGCUCGGGUAUAUAAGCGUCUUUGGCUGGGAUGCCCACCCUAUCGGCAGUGCACGAAGCGUCUUACCUGUCAAGAAGUUCGAAGCCCACGAGGACGGCGCCGUCACUGCCAUUGCGCUGAACCAGUAUGUCCUUGUAUCGGGUUCAGCGCGCGGAACGAUCAAAGUGUGGGAUUCACUCUCGUUUGCUCCGCUUCGCUCCUUUGGAUCUCCGGCUGUUCGGCCUGCUGUAGGCGGAGAUUGGGACGGUGUCGGUCAGAUUGUUCUCGACAGCGAUGUGAUGGUGGUAUCCAUUGGCAAGAAGGUGAUGGCAUGGAAGGCGGGCCCGGUGGGCUCGCAUGUCAAAGGAAAGAACAAGUCCUUGAAGUCUUCGAAACACAACGGUUUGGCUAAGUGGCAACAGCAAAUAGAGAUGCAUCGAGACAUUGCUGAGUCGCGACGCGAUAUGGAAGAGGAAACGAGCCACAUACGUCGCGUCUUCGGAAGGGAAAGGGAGCAGCAUUCGGUUCUAUCCCACCUUGGCUUGAGCGAAGUUGAGGCUGUCGAGUAUGUCCUAAUGCUAAGCCGGGACGAAGAAGAGCGGAGACGCCGGAUCGAUCGUGAAAGCUUCCCUGCAUCGACCUCCACUGCUGUAGCAGACGAAGGAGUCUUUACCGCCGAUUUCGACGACAUUCAAGCGCUGGCCCCUGGACCUGCCGCAUUCAUCGAGUCGCCAUCGUCCACGACUAUCUCUUCUAGAACCCUGUCAUUCCCAGCCAACUCUCCUCCCCGCGAUACAAUUGUUAUCAAUGGGCGUUCGCUUCCACGGACCUAUCCUCCGACAACUGCACACAAAUUACAGAUGUCUCCCCGUGUGCGCCCGGAGCCCGUUGAAGCAGGAUUCAGCACCAGUCCUAUCCCCGGUUCGCUGUCGUCGUCAUUCUCUACUCAGAGUGGUGUUUCCAUCCCAUCCACUUCAGAUCCCGGGCAGUUCCCAGUGAUCAGUCGUACUCCAUCGUCUGCGGGAAUGUCCAUACCGAGCACCGGCAGCUUUGCCAUGAGUCGGCGCUCUGUUUCCGGCACCCCGGAAUCUAAUCGCAGUGCGUGGGCUACUCCGCUGCGUUCUACUCGUUCGACCACUUCCGUUCCAUCCUCGGUAUUUGGACCCAUCUCGGCGUCUCCUCCUAUAUCACAGAGAGCGUCUCCGUCCUCGCGGCCCGGGGGUGGCCCUUCCCUUAUAACGACUGGCUUCGCGCAGCAGAUGCAUAGACAGACCACGGAUCAAGCAGUGCCCCAUGAAUCGGACGAUGAUUUGCAAUUCGCAAUAGAAUUGAGCCUGGCAGAGGCUCGCAGUCGUGGGGAGGAUGUCUGAAGUCGCAUGCGCAUUCAAACCUUAUGGCCUGAUAUGCUAGGAUAUCGCAAGUACACAAUCGUAUGGCGUUUUGAUUGAUCAUGUGUAUCGAGUUAGACUAUAUGAGUAUGAAUUACCCUA